CUUUGUCCUCUGAAAUCGAUUUAAACUAUGCAUUAACAAUAUUAAACAAUAACUUGAAAAAGAUACCCACAGUACAACUUUACUAAAGAAAAUGUAAAAUAUUAUACACAUGGAGGGAGCAAAGUAGAAAACCCUAAAUCACAGAUAUUGAUGCAAAAUCCUAACUCACUCUUCAUUCAUCAUUCUCCAUGGCUGCGAAAAUUCAAACUAGUUUUUGUUUACCUACAUUUUCCAUUCCAACCUCAAAACCUAAACCCUACUUAAAGUCGUUCACCAUCAAAGCCUCCAAAUCCAUCUCCGGCCGCAAGCUCCGAGCGGCAGUGAUCGGCGGCGGCCCCGCCGGAUCCUCCGCGGCGGAGGCCCUAGCUUCUGGCGGAGUCGAGACCUUCCUCUUCGAGCGCAACCCGCCGUCCGUCGCGAAACCAUGCGGCGGCGCCAUCCCUCUCUGCAUGCUCGAAGAGUUCGACAUCCCUAACCACCUCAUCGACCGCCACGUCACGCACAUGCGCAUCUUCUCCCCUUCCAACAUCGCCGUCGACUUCGGCAAAACACUAAAACCCCACGAGUUCAUCGCCAUGCUCCGCCGUGAGGUCCUCGACUCCUUCCUCCGCUCCCGCGCGCACGCCGCCGGCGCCACCGCGAUCUCCGGCCUCGUCACCGCCCUCGACCUCCCCGCCUCGCCGGACGCGCCCUACACCGUCCACUACACCGCCAACGGCUCCUCGCGCCGCUCCCUCGCCGUGGACGUCGUGAUCGGUGCCGACGGAGCCAACAGCCGCGUGGCCAAAGCCAUCGGCGCCGGCGACUACGCCUGCGCCAUCGCGUUCCAGGAGCGGAUCAAGUUACCGGACGAGAAAAUGGCGUACUACGAAAAUCUGGCGGAGAUGUACGUAGGCGACGACGUAUCACCAGAUUUCUACGCGUGGGUUUUUCCCAAGUGCGACCACGUGGCAGUGGGCACGGGUACAGUGCGGUCAAAGAAAGACAUUAAGCUGUACCAGCGCGGGAUCAGGGAAAGAGUGAAACCAAAGAUCAACGGUGGGAAAGUGAUCAAAGUGGAGGCGCACCCUAUUCCGGAACACCCGCGUCCGGUUCGGGUGAGGGGACGCGUGGCGCUCGUAGGAGACGCUGCUGGCUACGUGACCAAGUGUUCGGGUGAGGGUAUUUAUUUCGCGGCGAAAUCGGGUCGCGUGUGCGGAAACGGUGUCGUAAGGGCUUCGGAGGGUGGGGAUAGGAUGAUUGACGAGUGUGAUCUGAGGAGGGAGUACCUGAAGCCGUGGGACGCCGAGUAUGCUAACACGUUUAGGUUUUUGGAUCUGCUGCAGAGGGUUUUCUACGGUAGUAACGCGUGCAGGGAGGCUCUGGUGGAGCUGUGUGGUGAUGAGUAUGUUCAACGCAUGACGUUUGAGAGCUAUUUGUAUAAGAAGUUGGCCCGUGGGAGAGUCUUGGAUCAUGCUAAGCUUUUCAUGAAUACCCUUGGCAGCUUGGUCAGGUCUAAAGUUGUUCAAACAAGCAUGGAGAGUUUCAUACUAUGAUUUUCCAAACACUACUCAAUAAUUUUGUUUCUGUAAUUUCUGUGUUCUGUCUUUUUUUUGUGACCUCCUUACAGAGGCACUUUUGGAUUUCAAGCAAUGCAUUGAAAAUGUUUUCGUCAAAUACAAAACAAGAGCAGCAUACAAUAUUUCACUUA